GUUUGAUUGUGUUGAAAUAUUACUUAGUUUUGUUUUUCUCAUUAUUAUAUCAUUGUUUGGCAACAAUGUCACUUGAAGAUCCUACUAAGGUAUUAUUGAUGAGUACAAGUACAAAGAAGAUUAUUAAUAGGUGCAAUGUAUACAAAGGGAAAUGGGUUUUUGACAAUUCAUAUCCACUUUAUGAUUCUAAAAAAUGUCCAUUUAUAAGAAAAGAGUUUGAUUGUCAAAAGUAUGGAAGACUUGAUAAGUUGUAUCUCAAGUAUAGGUGGAAACCCCAUGGUUGUCACUUGCCAAGAAUCAAUGGUGGAGAUUUCUUGGAGAGAUUUAAGGGGAAGAAGAUUAUGUUCGUAGGUGAUUCUAUUAGUCUCAAUCAUUGGCAAUCUUUUUUGUGUUUGCUUCAUUCGGCUUUGCCUUUUGGUUCCACCAUUAUUAAUACACAACAAAAUGGCUAUGUUUCCUUUCUAUUUAAGGAUUAUGGAGUUUCAGUGAUGCUAUUUAGCUCUCAUUACUUGGUGGACAUUGAAGAGGAGAAGAUAGGAAGAGUAUUAAAACUUGGUUCUUUGAAAAAUGCAAAAAUAUGGAACCAAAUGGAUGUUCUCAUCUUCAACACUUGGCUUUGGUGGUACCGAAAUGAUUCUUAUCGCCCAUGGGAUUAUAUUCAAGAUGGGAAGAAGAUAGUGAAAGACAUGGAUAGAAUGGAAGCAUUUAGAAAAGGAUUAAUGACUUGGGCAAAGUGGUUUAACACAACUGUCAAUACAAGAAAAACAAAAGUCAUUUUUCAAGGAAUUACUCCAAGCCAUUAUGAUGGCAAAGGGUGGAACAAAAAAGGAGUGAUUAAUUGUGGAAAAGAGAGAAGACCAGUAAAUGGAUCAAGAUACCCAGGUGGAUCACCAAGAGCAUCAAAUGUAUUGAAACAAGUGUUGAAACAAAUAAAGAAACCAUUUCAUUUUCUAGACAUAACAACAUUGUCACAACUUAGAAAAGAUGGGCAUCCUAGUAAGUAUAGUGGUCUUAGGGGAAUGGAUUGCACACAUUGGUGUAUUGCUGGUGUUCAAGACACUUGGAAUCAACUUUUAUAUCAAGCCCUCACUACAUAAUAACCCAAGAAAAAAAAUAAGAGAAAAAUUUUAUGUAUACAAAAUUUCAUUAUAUAUUUAUUUGAUUUUUUUGUUUUGUAAAAAAUAAGGUUGUAUUUUAUUUUUAUUAAUUAAAAAGAAAAUUUUGUUAAAAAAAGGCUAUCACACAUGUUCAUGUAGUAAAUCUAGAUAUAAAUUAAUUAUGACUAUUGCAAAUGUAGAAAAUAUCUUUGAAAGUUGAAUAUUUGAA